AUGUACAUCCACGAAGUAAACAUACAAUGCAUCGGGGCAUACCCCUAUAAAUCAAAAAUAAAGAAUGGCACACACGCCAAAGGCACGCACGCCCAAUCAACAAAACUAAAGAAACAAGCACAAGAGAAAAGUACAUCACACAGAGACAUGAUCAGCACCAUCACCGGGCUUGUCCUCGUCAUCAUGGAUCGUCAACCUCAAAAGAUUAUCAAAAGGAAGUUCUUUCCUCGUCAAAACUCCAAAGGUGAAGCACCAUCGGAGGGCUUUAUGAAACAUCAAGACACCAAACCUAAGGGUUCAUUUGCGUCAUUGUUGCCACUACAACGACAAGUCCUCAACACAUGUAGGAUCAACAAGUUCACCCUCAAGAAAGAGAUGCCAUGACCCAUGUCCACGAGUUCAUCAAAGGCCAAAGUGCUAGAGUAAACUCAACCGAAUCAGAAACAGAGACGGAAAUAGCAGAUGGCUCAAGUAAACUCUAGUGGACCAGGCCCGAAGUCAUAAAGCACUUGAAAAACACCCAGUCCGGUAUCAAAUCACACACAUGGGUAAAGGAGUUGCAAACAUAACUCAACUAUCACACCAGGGGGGUGCCAACGUACCCUUCCCUCUAUGGUGUUGAACAUUGGAAUCGCAGAUUCACAAUGGCCUCCCAACCAGUCGAGAGGCAGCGAGAACGUUUAGUAUCCCUCCCAAGGUGUUCAUCGACUCCAAACUGAAUGAGAGAAGGCCAGUUCAUGGCUCACCAAUGGUCCAAGCAAAUGGACCUUCAGGCAGCCCUAGCAUGUGAAUGGUCCAAGAACACACUUAUCCACCCAAAGACGUCCUCAAAAGACCCACGUCAAAACAGCCAUAGCCCCGGGGAUUCAACAUGACCAAAGCCACGGUCUCACCCAAGGAGAGGCCUGAAAUGGUUCAAGUAGACUGCACAUUCAGCUAUCCCAAACAGCAUGACAAAACCAGCACCAUAACAGACCAGUGAAGCACAGCCGCAGGGGAAAAAACGAAGAACAUGAACAGUAACUCGAGCAUCCAAAAUCAAGGUGACCAAAUUCAGUUAUAUGAAUCAAAAAUCCAACAACAGAUGCUUAAUGGCCCCUGAAUCACGAUCACAAUACCAAAAAAUGGGGGACAAAAUGAGCCGGAAACAUGGUUAAACCUGGACAUGAAGGCAGCGCUGUGAACAGUACCACGAAGGCCCAAAUUUGCUCAAAUCGCAGGUUCCUUCAAAUGGAAUGAAAAUCCAAUUGAUGGUCAUGAAAGAGCAUCCCAUGUCGCUCAUAAUCCCCCAAAAAAUUGCCUUGAAGAGGGCCUAAACCGAGGUGAAUUCAACCUGCAAGUGCCGCCGAUGAACAGUAGCACGCGAGAGUUGACCUGCGAUUUUCCCCCAAUCCAGCAUCUGAAUCAUGAAAUUGAGCUCAAGAAUGGAUUCCCAAGCCUCAAGCGAUCCUAGAGCUCAAAGAAUCGCAGCAAAACAUCAAGAAAUUCAAGGUGAAAGC